AAUCAGAGCUCACAAACUCUCGCCGAGAUCGAAGCGUGGAUCUGUAAAGAAGUGAAGAAGUAAGAUUACCUCCGGCAGAAAGAAGUUUAUUAUUUGAAGCUCACUCUUCAAGCCUGAAGGAAAAUUCUGUGUAAAGAUGCGUUGGACAAUUUUACUCGUGUUUGUUUUAUACUUUGCAGCCACAGAGGAAGCUAUCGCAGAUUGCUUAUCACCACUUGGCCUAGCGUCUGGCUCAAUACAUGACUCCCAGCUUUCAGCAUCUACAUCCAUGAGCGACUGGUUGCUGCCGUCUGCAGGGCGACUUCAUAACAAUUUAACGUCGAGCUCAUUCGGGGCCUGGUGCGCAGAAGACGUAGACUUGGAUCAGUGGUUUCAAAUUGACUUACUGAGGACAACAAACGUGUCAGCGGUUGCUUCUCAGGGAAUUGACAUAAUCAUGGCAGGUUACUGGGUGGCGUCAUACUCUUUGAACUACAGUUGUGAUGGAAUCAAAUGGCAUUCUUACGCCAUACAAGGAGCACCUGUUAUAUUUCAAGCAAAUAAUGAUUCUGAUAGUGCGGUAACGAACACACUCUCACCUUCUAUAUUGGCGCGGUUCAUUAGAGUGUUGCCCUUGGAAUGGAAUCAGCUAGAAACCAUUUGUCUCAGACUGGAAUUAUAUGGAUGCGAAAUGAACCAAGCCUGUCCACAUCCUACCAAGGAUACAGGUGCAGUGUCACCAAGUCCGGCAACAGCAGAGUCUUCUUUCGUAACCAAGGCCCCAUUAACUGGUUUGCCUCCAAAAUUUUCAACGCUGAGUUCUGAGUCGGAGAACAAGUCACAGAUCACUGACAGCGUAGCCACUGAUAAAACUACAAUUCCCAUCGCAUGUUCAUAUGCCCUUGGAAUGCAGUCUGGUGCAAUUAACGAGUCGCAAAUAAAAGCUUCGUCUUUCGACAGUCUUUGGACUCGACCAUCCGAAGCAAGACUUCACAAUCAGUGGAGUCUCAACCAUAGAUCGCUGGGGGGCUGGUGUGCAGCAGAUGGGGACAUGAACCCUUUCUUGCAAGUGGACUUGUUGAACAACUUUAUUGUCACUGCUAUAGCAACACAAGGUGUUCCGGCAAACGGAAACAUUGCUUUAAGAUACAAACUUAACUACAGCUGUGAUGGGAUAAAUUGGUUUGAAUAUCAAGAAGGAACGGUAUUUGAAGGUUAUCGCAAAAAUCUGCGAGCGCGACAAAACAAGCUACCAGUGCCCUUUAAAGCUCGGCUAGUGCGAAUUCGACCGCUUCUCUCAAGGCAGUACGAAAUACCAUGUGUGCGACUCGAAAUCUAUGGAUGUAGAACAGCUAAUUCAGUUUGUGGAACAAAGAAUCAACUGAACACCGCGAUAAACCCUGAUCAACACUCUUCUGCGAACACCAAGACCCAAACAAUUCAUAAGACAACGUCAAGACGGAAUCAAAGCCCUACAAGACCAAAGGACAUGAUUGUAAUUGUGCGAGAUCAUCCAAGUAACGAUUCGUUAGGUUAUAACUUCAUGCCAUCUUCAACAGAGCAACAUAACAUUUUCAGUUUAUUACUUCCUCUUACUUUGCUCCUCGCAAUACUUACUCAGUGAUUAAUAAUGAGAGUCCUAAACAUUUUUACUUCGAAAAAGUAUAAGAAAAAAAGUGAUAAGUUUUGGUUCAGUAAUCACGGAAGACGUUUCACCGAGGGUCUGUGGACUGAGUAGCAUCCCAAGCAAGGGAAAGUUAACUAAAAUCUGCCUAAUGCCAUUAUUGUAAAUAUUUUUCACUAUUAAUUGUAGCUUGUGGCGUUAGCGCGCAAAGGAGAUGGAGAGCGAUUCCAGCGAUCCAACUUCAGCUCACUACUCGCUCCCUUCGCUCUUUACGCGCAAAUACUGAUGACAGUCUCACUUCACCCUCCCAUUUGUGCGCCAGGCCUGCCGGCCGAAUAAGAUUAGUGCUUACGUUUCAGCUUUAUGUAAAUACUAAAAUUGCUCGAUAAAAGCAAAGUCAAGUCGAUGUUAUUUAAUGCUGUUAAACAAACCCUACUUGCUGUUACUCUCGUUGGGUACAAAUUGGUGAGAGUUCUUCACCGUUGUAUUAUUCUGAUAGACAAGAAAUCAUGUUGCGCAUUGAUUGAAAAUCAAUUGACCAUACUCACAAGAACAAGACACAAAUCAUGAGGCACAGACGUAUAGGUUUGGCGUCGUGUCGAGGUGUCAAAAUCUGUACUUGUCGAGAGACAGAAUAAUUUCAUGAUAAGGACGACUGGCACAUAUACUAGACUUCAAAACAGCAAACCUCUUAAAUUCAGGAAUACUUUGAAAAUGUUAAAUAAAGAGUAUUUUUCGAUUCUGAA